AUGGUUCAGAAUGUGCUUUUCCCCCCUCACAGUGAUAAAUUGAAUGCAUUAAGGAGACACAAGGAAAAACUUGAAGAGAAGAUAAUGGAUCAGUACAAGUUUUAUGAUCCUUCUCCAAAAAAGAAAAAUCACUGGAUUGGAGCCAGAGCCUUAGUCAAACUAAUCAAGCCAAAGAAGGAGACUACAAGGGAGCGGUUGAAACCAGCAGCAGAGAGCCCCCUGCAUCAUUCAGAAUCCCCAGAGACUAUAAACUCUCCAUCUGCCUCCCAAAAACAUAAACAUCAAGAGUCUCAGGAUAGUGCUUCUCAACAGUCAAACUCUAUGGAAGAAAGAGAGAGCCCUAGUGGUUCUUCAAACAAAGGCUGUAAUUCAGAAGAUAAUUUGUGUGAACAGUCCCCCGAGGUAGCAUUUGCUAGCACCAGACAGCAUGUGUCCAGGCCAAACGGUUUAGAGAGCAGUAGAAACCCUUCCAGCAGUAGUUCACCUCUCAAUUUGAAAGGUUCCUUAGACCGUAUCCAUGGUAGAACGGAGAGUCUCAGCAGUGAAGACACGAUGCCAGGCAGAGAGGCACCAGCCUUGCUCCGGGACACCUAUCCCUAUCAGUCCGCUUCUACCAUCUUAAGCCCUAGUUGCAGGCAUGAGUCCUCCACCCACAGGAGUGGUUUGACCUCUUGUGAUACACCUCAGAAGAGUACUCCAUCCCAGUCUUAUGCGGGCAGGCAACGGUCUGCCUCACCUGGCAGUGAGAUGGUAACUUUGGAAGAGUUCUUAGAAGAGAGCAACAGGCUGUCCCCACCAAGUCAUCGGUGCAGUUUAAAUGAGAGUGAAAUGAUUUCAUUGCACCAAUUUCUGUUAGAAGCUGAUGCACUGUAUCCCUCUUGCUACUCCCUAUGUCCUUCCCUUCAUCAGGAACCUUCACAGUCACUUGAAUCGGUCCUCAGUCAUUCCUGUCCUGACAGCGCGAGGCACAGAACAGGCAGGGGAAACAGGAGAUCUACUUCACUGUAUCUCCCCAGGGACACCUCCAGUAACAGAGAUGACUUGCUCGGCGACUAUUUUAGGAAAGCAAAUGAGCCUUCUGCUACUGGGAGCCUACCGGUUCAGCUGUCCAGAAAGGAGGCUGCUAAGGUGCCCGCUAGUCCUGUUGCUCCAGCUGUAAAGAUGACCAUUGCCAGUGAAGAAGGAAGAACAGCUAAGCCUGGAAACUACGUGAAGCCAAACUUCAGACAAGUCGAACCUGAGCCUCUGGCAAACUCCCAGGGAUCCCUUAAGCUUCCUCCCCCAGCCCAGCCCCAGCCUGCCGGGGGGCUGCGGCAGAUGGCACAGCCUCAGCAGCCCGGCGCCGUGAGCAGGAGGAGCGCGUCGCUGAGCAGGGCGUUCAGCUUGGCCUCUGCAGACCUCCUCAGAGCCAGCGGCCCGGAGGCGUACAGGCAGGAGAGCCCCCCGAAGCCAACGGCAGACCCGCGUGGGGGCAACCCCUGCCAGUCAGGCCGCGAGGGCUCCUGUGCCAGCGAGCUCCCAGGCAGUGCCGAGAGAGAGGCCGCAGUCCGCGAAGGCGGCGGGCUCCCUGCAAGGUGCCGACGGCCGCUGUCGGCAGCCAGACGCACGGCGCCUCUCCCUAGCCCCGCCGAGGGAUGA